UUUCGUUCUUAGUUUCGUAAACAUCGCUUAAGAUCGCCGUGGAAGAUCCGAGAUAUUUUUAUCGGAAAUACUCGUCUAUUAAGAACGCAGCGUCAUGUACGAGCAGGUGCUGAUUCUUCUCGGUGUUACGAGCGGGAUAUUUUGCGCGGUGGUGCCAGAAACGGAUACGCGAAUUAUGUUUAAGCCCGUAGAGGUACCCCAAACGUCGGCAACCGACGUCGCCGCUUCGACUGGGGCUCUUUCAGAUUCCACGCGGCCCGUAGUUUACAUGUUCGCUCUGAAUUCCACCCACGCUGUCCAACAAAUAUUUUACGGUCAGUGGCCGUCGAACUAUCGAGCGAACAAUUGCAAUACUUGCACGAGGAAAGUAACAAGGGACGAUUACAGCGUCAGCGAAGGUUUCGCUCACAAAUUGAUACGUCGCAAAUUGAAAUGGGGCGAGGCACGUAAGGUCUGCAUAGACGAAGGAGGUCAUAUGGUCGUCUUGAACUCGUUGGCGGAAGAAGGCGUUGUUUUAAAUAUGAUACGGUCCAUCGAGCAAGUCGGAGAAAUCUGGCUGGGUAUCCACGAUAUGUUCGUGGAGGACGAGUGGAUUACUGUAACGGGCGAAUCGCUGGAACAAGCUGGCUACAACAAAUGGGAACCGAACAAACCUGACAAUGCUGGCGGGAACGAGCACUGCGGCGUGUUAUUUAGCAACGGUUUAAUAGACGAUCGUUCCUGCGACGGAUCCCGUUCGUUCGUCUGCGAGAUCGACAUCUGUAAAGAUUAAUAAAAUUCCUUCGUCGACGUGUACGCGCUUAUCGCUAACUAUUUCACGCGUUGAAUAAAAUCGCCGGACUGAUACUCUUGAAAACUUUUGUUUAGACUAUUGGAAAUCACGCAAUCAAACAUAACGAGCCUAAGUAAAAUGUUUCGUUCGUAUUAUUCCAAGGACUAUUUUCCCUACUUUAUUUAGCGUGGUCAUGGAUAUAUUAUAGAUAUAAUAAAUGUAUCAUUCAAGUCAUCGAACAACAGCCGAGAUUCAUCGAAAACGUCACCCUUCUUCCAGAUUCCACGCGGCCCGUACUUUACAUGUUCGCAUCAAACAUUCGACGUGGUAUUCGUAUUUUUCUAACUUCGUCCAAGUCUAAGUACUUCGUUGAGAUUCAUUCUCUUCGACGGUUAACUUUCGGAAUGAAUUUUUGGUAAAAUUCCUUUUUGUUCUUGAUUCGGUUGAUUUCGAUAAACAGAAGGAUCGCGGGGGGGGGGGCGGUGUCGCGAUAUAUUUAGAUGUGCGCAGAACUUCGUAUCGAAACCGACACGUGUUUUGUAUCCGGUCGAAUAGAUAAUAAAAAAAUGUACGACAUAAUAAAUGGAUAAACAGGACGUACGCGACAGAUAAUGCUACGAUUCGCGCCGCAAAGUUAGGAUACGAUGGAAAAUGUAUUAGAAUUAAGGUGAAAGAGUGUUAAAAAAUUGCACGAAACAAUCGCAAUGU